AUGAUUGAUCAAUCAAAAAGCUAUGAGGUUCCUAGACCUCCCGCAGGCUUAAGAUAUCCCACCGCGCCAUCUGUGAUGUCUAUCAACGAUCAUUUUUCGGGAGUGGGAGAUACGCCGACGCGUGAACAGUAUGAGCAUGGAAUUCAAGUUAUUGAUGGAGACAAAGACUUCAAUACAAACCUCAACGCCUACCUACAGGUGACGAAAACAGCUCAAUCUGGUUUUAACUACCACCUAAUCUCAGUUUUCGGAUCGCAGUCGACCGGAAAAUCUACAUUACUCAAUCAUUUGUUUGGAACUCAGUUUGGUGUAAUGUCCGAAACCGAAAGAAGACAAACUACAAAAGGAAUUUGGAUGGCUAGGAAUAAUAGAAAACAUUCAGGAGGCUCUAAUCCAAUUAAAAUGGCAGAAAAUAUCCUUGUAAUGGAUGUAGAAGGUACAGAUGGUCGAGAGCGUGGAGAAGACCAGGACUUUGAAAGAAAAAGCGCCCUGUUUGCACUUGCUACCAGUGAAAUCCUGAUUGUGAAUAUUUGGGAACACCAAGUUGGUCUUUACCAGGGCGCAAACAUGGGCUUACUAAAGACUGUCUUUGAAGUUAAUCUGCAGCUGUUUCUAAAAGAUAAGCACUCAAACCCUCGAUCGCUCUUAUUUUUUGUUGUACGAGACCACCUUGGGACGACCCCACUUGAAAAUUUACGCAAAACCCUCACAGCUGACUUAGCAAACAUUUGGACGACUCUUUCAAAGCCGCCUGGACUAGAGAAGUCUCGGAUUGAAGAUUAUUUUGACCUUGCAUUCGCAGCACUUCCGCACAAAAUUUUACAACCGGAUCUGUUCGUUAAGGAAGUCGAGAAGCUUGGCAUGCGAUUUAGAGUUGGUCAAAAAUCAGCCAAAAAUAAAUUUCCCCUAAACUCUGAACAAGAAGAUGGCAUAUUUCUACCGGAGUACCAUCGAAGGAUACCUGCAGAUGGAUUUUCCGUUUAUGCUGAAGGAAUUUGGGAACAAAUUAACAAUAACAAAGAUCUAGACUUGCCCACUCAGCAAGAACUCCUUGCUCAGUUUCGAUGCGACGAAAUUUCACGAGAAGCGCUAGAGAUUUUUGAUGUCACAAUUUUACCGCUCGAACAGAAGUUGGCCGAGGAAUCUAAAUCUGAAAAACCUUCGCCCUUGAAAGACCUAGGCAAUUGUGGGAGGUCAGCCCGUACAAAUACAUUGAAAUCUUUUGAAUCAGAGGCGGGUCGAUAUCACAAGGGGGUAUUUACUCGAAAAUUAUCCGAGCUCGUGUCAACAGUUGAUGCAAGACUGAAGUCUCUAUAUAAAGGACACUUAUCAGUUGUACACAAGGUUGGGAUUGCGCAUUUCACCGACUCGGUAACUGCCAUAAUAAAAGCGGGCCAGAAAACAAAUGCCAGCUAUGAGUUUUCGGAAACCGUGACUAGAGAAAGAAACAAGGCAUUGGAACAAUUUGAAAUUGAAGCCCGGAAUCUUACAAUGAAAGGCUUGCCAUGGAGCAAUUUUGAGCAGCAAAUCAGUUUAUUUAGUCAGGAACUAGAGUUAGUAAGCGCAAAUCUUCGCAAAGAAGAAAUGCGGAGGCUUGGAACACGUACCGAGAGAUGGGUACGAACUCGCUUAUCAGAACUAGUUGGUCUUGAAUUUAAUAAGCUUGGAAGCGCAAGAAGGAGCAACACGCCCGACAACAGCGAAACUUUAAAGUCGGAAAUUAGCCUAUGGGAUCGAAUUUGGGAGAUUUUCACAGUAACUAUCUCUGAGGCAGAAGCCCGGUUUAUUGAGCGGGCACUUAGUUUCGGAUCUGAGCAAGAUGAAAUUGAAGUUCGGCUGGGGCGUUUAAGGCGUCAGAGCUGGGUAAUACUCAGGUCUAAAAUAGACGAAGAGGUCAUGGAGGGAAACAUUAUGACAAAAUUACGGGAGAACUUUGAAGACAAAUUUAGAUAUGAUGAGGCCGGUGUCCCGAGAAUCUGGAGGCCAAGCGACGAUAUAGAAGGAUUGUAUACAAAAGCUAAGAGUUCCACCCUAAGUCUUAUUCCCCUUCUUUCAAAAUUCACGCUGGCUGAAACUUGCGCUCCACCUCCUCUACCAACUUGGAUUGGUAUCUCAACUUCAAAUCUAGAAACAAAAGACCAGGAUGAUCUGAUACCGAUAGGUGGCGUUGACGAAGAAGAAGGCAAGUCAUUAGAAGAUGAAACCACAAUACUUAGCGAAGGUAGAAGUCAAGACCUUAUGGCUAGGUUCAAAAAGCAAGCCGAUGGAGUUUAUAUCGAAGCUAAGAGAAGCGCGUUGGGCGGAGUUACUCAGGUUCCACUCUACUUUUGGCUUAUUGUUUUAUUCCUUGGCUGGAAUGAAUUUCUUGCAAUAAUCCGAAAUCCUAUAUACUUUAUUUUAUUAUUAAUAACUGGCUCAGGAGCCUAUAUUACGUGGAACCUAAACCUUUGGGGUCCAAUUAUUAGUGUGGUGAACGCCGCUUCAGCGCAGGGAAUUGAACUCGGUAAAGAGAGACUGCGUGAAUACAUUGAAAAUAAUGAGCACGUCAGGAACUCCUUAAUGGCUAAAAACACAGCCUAUGACUCAAGCACUAAUAACACGCCACCUACUAAAGAAAAGGAAUUAAAAUAA